CCGCAGCUGGCAGCCGGAUCCACAGCACGCAUUUCCGCUACUGCCAAUUCCGGAGAUUGCAACCUGAGUUAGCUUUGCUUGCAUUAGCUGCCCGCGCGCUGCUGGUCGCGCGUGUGUUCGCGCGUUAACGCUGUUAUGCGUGUCAUCGCCAGCCCGAGCUGCCUUUUCGCACGGCAAGCCCGCUGUUCACCUUCCAUCUCGACGCGGGCUGCGGCGUCGCGACCCUCCGUCCCGGGGCCAAGCCAUCGGCGCUGCAUCGCGGCGUCUGCGGCUCCUAGUGAGAAAAUGGCCGACAAGCUUAUUACUAGCAAGACAUUCUUCCUCGACAACUUCGCAUUGCGCCAGUGGGACGACCCCAACUAUGGCGGCACGCGGGUCAGCUUUGACAAAGCUGAGUUUGUGAAGCGCAUCCAAGAUGAAUUUGAUAAGGGCUCGCCUCUGGUUGACGGCUACGCGCCCUUCUGCAAACACAUCUUCGUGCCCAACUUCGUUGGGGCUCGCCUGGGGGCGCUGACCAUCACAGACGCAAACCGCGGCCUGCUGCGCAGCGGCUACACCAAGCGCCGGCCCGAGGAGAUGGCGGUGCUCACACGGUGGUUCUGCUCUGCUGACGUGGAGGUGCCUGAGGCCAAGUACCUGGACAUCAUCCUCUACUCCCGGGAGCAGCUGGUCAAGGAGUACGACGCCAUGCCCACCAAGGCGGGUGCGGGCGAGGAGCUGCCCGCCUCGCCGUGGGGCAUCAUCAGCGUCAAGGCGCAGGACGAGCCGUUCGAGACGCCCAUGCAGCCCAUCACCAUGCUGCGCAACGCCCUGGGGCGCGAGGAGGGCGGCAGUGGCGUGCCGCUGGACAAACAGAAGUACGCCGACUCAGUGGCGUACUGGGAGGAGCACGCCACCAUCGUGGACGGAGCCAAGCCCAACGGCGAGUAGAUAGGAGGCGGCAGUGGGACAAGGGGGCUAAGAAGCCCAACUGCAAGUAGGGCGCGCCAGUGGGGCUAUGGGACUAAGAAGCCCGACGGCGGUGGGGCUAUUGGGCUGAGAGCUCAACGGUGGGUUGGGCGGCCGGGGCAAGGGGGCCGUGGGGCAAGGGACCCGGCGCGGAGUGGAGCGCCCGCGCUCUUGGUUGUUUGCAACGGGAGCUGAGCAUGGCUGUGAUGGUGGAGUUGCGUGAAAGUGGUCGAUUUUCGCGACGGCCGCGGCGGCAUCAUGCACGGUGGUGGGUGUUGGCAGCAGGACUAGGCAGGAUGCGGGUUGCGAGCUUGGGAUCGCGUUGAUAGGCCCCAUAUGCGUUUAGCGCCUAGCUAGCAGUCGUAGGAAUAGAAGCAGCCACGGACACAUUGCGCACCGGGGCUGCCGGCAGUGAAGCGGUCACCGGGAAGAGCGAAAGUGAAGCCGCGGCCAUACGCUUUAGGUUGGACGUGUAUUUGUAGACGCGCGUUGAUUGCGAACCGGUCAUGCGGGAUGGGUGGAUUUCUUCAUUCAUGGGGUCCUAAAGAGCGGGAGCAACGAGCACGGUGGCUGAGGUGCGGCAGUGCCUGCAGCAGCAGUGCUGCGGGUAGUCGGCGGCAUCGGGCCAUCGGGCAUGACGGCGUUGUACUGGGAGUGCCGUGCCGGCCAGUGCUGGCUGAGCUGCUUUGGUGGCGGGGAUCGGCAAUUCGAGGUCUUGGUGUCCGUGUUAUGCUCGACAGGCCUACGUGUGUUUUCGUGUUGAUACAGAAGCGGCGUAUCGUGUGGCACCACGCAUGUAACUGCACCCCAAG